GCAGCAGAGGAGAGUUGCAGCAGUAUGGCCGAGCAGUCGGAGACAGUGAACAGAGGGGUUGUCCAGAGAAUGCUGUCUGUUGUUGGUGUUGACGGUCUGGCCAGCAGUGUGUGGGGCUAUUUGGACACGACAAUAAAGUGGUGCUGGAUCCCCCGCUGGUUACCAUCAUGGUGUCCCACCUCUCAGAGCCAGCUUCAGUCUGCAGAGGACAUGAUGCUGAGAUGUGUAGACAGUCCUUUCUCCAAACAGCACGUUCCUGUCUCCAGCGGCAACCAGCUGUGGACCCUGAUCGUCAGCAGAGAGAGCGUUAAACACAGAACCCCCAUGGUUCUGCUCCAUGGGUUCGGAGGUGGCGUGGGCCUUUGGGCUCAGAACCUGGACGCUCUCAGUCAGCACCGGCCCGUCUUCGCUCUGGACCUGCUGGGCUUCGGUCAGAGCAGCAGACCCCUGUUCUCCUCAGAUGCCCAGGAGGCAGAGGACCAGUUUGUGGAGUCUAUAGAGAAAUGGAGGGCUAAAGUGGGUCUGGAGUCCAUGAUCCUGCUGGGACACAACCUGGGAGGAUACCUGGCUGUGUCAUACUCUAUUAAACACCCAGGCAGAGUGAAGCACAUCGUCCUGGUGGAGCCCUGGGGUUUUCCCGAGCGCCCGGACACAGUAGAGGCCGACCGUCCCAUCCCGGUGUGGAUCAAAGCCCUCGGGGCCAUGUUCAGUCCUUUCAACCCGCUGGCUGGCCUCCGACUGGUCGGACCACUGGGUCCCACUCUAGUCCAGACUCUGAGACCUGACUUCAAGAGGAAGUUCUCCUCCAUGUUCAGUGACAACACGGUGUCAGAGUACAUCUACCACCUGAACGCACAAACCCCAAGUGGAGAAACAGCUUUUAAGAACAUGACCAUUCCCUAUGGCUAUGCCAAGAGGCCAAUGCUGCAGAGGAUGGAGCAGCUGCAGCCUCAUAUCCCCAUCACCAUCGUCUACGGCUCCCGCUCCAGCAUAGACAGCAACUCCAGCAGCACCAUCAAAGAGAUGAGACCACACUCUCGUGUGGAGAUCAUAACGAUCCACGGAGCCGGACACUACGUGUACGCCGACCAGCCAGACGACUUCAACAAGCGAGUUCUGCAGGUGUGUGUUAAAGUGGCCUGAGGAGGAGACGAGCUGGAGGGCCGGGGGGGACCUGUGGAACCGGACUCUGGAGAAAAAGGGGAGCAUCACUUCAGCAGCUGCUGCAGAACCACAGGAUCAGGAUCUCACGUUCUCGAGGCAGGAACCAGGAGUUUGUACAUAAUAAAUAUUCUAACAGGAGCAGAGCUGAGUUCGAUUCAUGACACGCUGAUGUUCACAUGUCGCAUUAACGGAGCAGUGAUUCAGUCGCGUUCUCAGAAACUCUGUGAAUACAGGCUUUAUAUCAAUCACCAAGUCCCCUACUUCAUGCUAUUUAACAGCAUUCACACGCAGAUGAGACCGGCCUGAAUCACAUUUUUGUUUUAUUUCUUUAUUUUUUAAUUACACACACACACACACACACACACACACAGAGGAGGGUGGCGCUGCAGCCUCUUGGUUUAUAAUUUGAGCAUUAGUUCUACAGUGUUUUCUCAGAAUUGCCUUUUCCCAGUGUAGCCGAGAAACCAGGAAAUGAGGCAUUUUGAAUUUCAUCGAUUCAAUGACAUUCUGCUGAGCACAUGAGCAACCACAGAGCCUCAGUGUUCAUCACAUCACUGUCCAUACGUUGCCUUAAGCUGCCCGCACUGUCUGACCCAAAUAUGUAAAAAAAAUACCUUCUAAAAAGUAUUUUUUAAUAACGUGAAGAUAUUUCAAAGGUGAAUCGAUAUCAUAUUCUUGGUGUUUGUAUAUGUUUGGUAAAUAUGCAUUUAACAACAGUUUAAUUUUAUAAUUUUAUAUACAAUAGGAAUAUGAUGAAUAUAGUCAGAUAAAUGAUAUCAGAGUGAAACAGAAUCAGGAAGCUCAGUUACAGUGUCGUGUGUCAGGUUUUUUCUGUGCAGAGCUUCACCUGUGGUUUGUGGUUUUUCCGUAUGAUCCUGACACAGACAGGAAGUUUAUACACUCUUCAGUAUACAGCACCAGCACCAGUAGUAUCAGCACCAGGAAGCAGCUAUAAAUGCAUCUGCUGCCCAUAUUGAUCUGCUCUGCUCUGUAGCAGCUGUGCUCUCUGAUUGUUUGUGUUGUUAAUGUUUCUGAAUAAACCAGAUCAGCUUUGGUCCAGAGCAGGAAUAAACUGGAAUCUACGAGACAUGUGGCUUUUAUAUGGAGUAUGUUUGUGUGUCAGUGUGUCAGCACAGAGGUGAUUCAAACUGUUAUUGUCACAAUGAGCUGCCUCAAGAGAUUUGACUUUGUUUAUUUAUGUGUCGAUUUUGAGUCUCAGAUGAAGAUUAAGUUCAAACUUUAUCAUUGAAAAUCAUUUUGGAAAAAAUGGUGAAUUGAAGUUUCUUAUUGUUAAACUGAACUGGAACUCUAAAUGACUUUGUUGGUGUGAAGCCACUUUUCUGUCUUUCUCCCAGGUUAAUGUGGACUGAACAUGUUCACUGUCAGUGAUGCAGAUGUCUGUCUGUACAGAUGUUAUCAGCUGGAUGUGGUGUAAUACUCACACUCACACAGAUAUCAUAUGUCACUGGUUUCUGAAUCAUUAAGGUUUAAAGGGUCUAAGUUCAGACACACAAUGUUCAGAUACAUGAUAUCUCUUUUUAGCUGGAAUCUCUCAUCACAGCUUCAAUAUCUAACCCUCCAUAUCAAAAAAAAAAUAACAGUAUAUCUAUAUUUUUUGUUUAUAGUCAAUAUUCUCCUACAAACAUCUUUGAAUUUAAUGCCAUUCAAAUAUUUGCCAGUAAAGAACAGCACUCUUUAAUAUCUACAAUAUUUACCACAGCAUGUGAGGUCUAUCGUGAAAUUGGCAAUAAUAUAUUGACAAUCCUACAGUGUACACAGUAAUUCUAAUUAUUUGACAGACUGUUUUGAAUAUUAAAGCAGAAAACCUGCGUAUGUCAACCAGGUGACAUUUUUGCAUACUGCUUUUUGUUAAAGUCCCAUAUAAACAGAACUACUAGACAAAUGGAGUAAACAACACUACAAACUGCUGAGCAAGUAUAUUUGUGUAACUAGAACUAGUUCCGGUUUCACUUUGUCUCUCUCUGAAGUCUGAAUCAAUGAGCCCUGAUGAUGUGGAGGCCUGUGCACCACAAAUUACUAACAGAAGCAAACUGGGGGUGUGGAGGUGACCAAGCAUGAAAAGGUUCAUGGUUGGAAAGUGUAAGCUAAACCUUUAUAUAAAUUUAUA